AUGGCGACCGACUCCGGCGCUUCCGAACCACCUCUCCACAAGGUCCAGAGCGUACUCGACUCCGACUACGGUUAUCCACACGGCCACCUAGGUUACCUUGCCGAGCACGAGACCGAGGCUCUUGAUGCCUUCAAGAAGCUCGCCGAGGAGGAGGAAUUGUACAAACCUGGAACCCCGCCCUCCCACGACGAUACCGUGCUCCUGCGGUACUUGAGAGCUCGGAGAUGGAGUCCCGCCGAGGCGUUGAAGCAAUUUAAGGACAGCCACGUUUGGCGCAAAGCAAAUGACCUCGAUAUCCUCUACCAUACCAUAGAAUUAGACUCUUAUGAGCAGAGUCGCCGCAUGUACCCUCAAUGGACUGGCAGGAGGGACCGAAGAGGUAUUCCGCUAUAUCUUUUCGAAAUCAAGCAGCUCGAUUCGAAAGCCGUCGCCGAAUAUGAACGCGUCGGCAACACUAGCACCUUCAGCAAAGCCAAGUCCGAUGGCAAGACGCCUAACGGUCUCCUCCGCCUCUUCGCGCUGUAUGAGAACCUCACGCACUUCGUCAUGCCGUUCUGCUCGCAACUUCAGGAUCGCGAGUUCGCCGGGACGCCCAUCACCAUGACGACGAAUAUUGUAGAUAUCUCCGGUGUCGGAUUGAAGCAGUUUUGGAACUUGAAGUCCCACAUGCAGGCCGCUAGCCAGCUUGCGACGGCCCAUUACCCUGAGACUUUGGAUAGAAUAUUUAUCAUCGGAGCGCCCGUCUUCUUCUCCACAGUCUGGGGCUGGAUCAAACGCUGGUUCGACCCCAUCACCGUCUCCAAAAUCUUCAUCCUCAGCUCCCACGAAGUCGAGCCCACCCUCCGAGAAUUCAUCGACCCCAAGAACAUCCCCAAAAAGUACGGCGGCGAACUCGACUUCUCCUGGGGCCAGCUCCCGACCGUCGACCCGGCCUGGGACGGAAUCGUCGAGUGGGCGAAAGGCCACAGCAGCUUCCCUACGGGCCCUCACGUCUGGCGAGAGAUUGACGACGGGAAGAAGAUGGAGUGUAUUGGCGUCGGUCAGGUGAAUGGCAAGCAGAGGGAGGAGAGGAUAUGUAUCGUGCACAAGGACAACGUUUGGGGCGGUCAGUCUUUGUGCCGGACUGAGACGCGUGAUGCUGCUCCUCUAGAGGCAGAUGGUGAAGUGGCCAAGUUGAGCGAGGAGGUUGACGACUUGGCUCUUUCGGAGCCUGAGGUGAAGGAGAAGGCUGCGGAGAUUAAUGGAUCCGCUGGAACGCCGGUAUCACCCGCGGUCCCUGCAUAG